GAGUCCGAGAGAAAUCAAGCCUCAACGUCUCGCCUCGUUGGUGACGACACGACCAAUGCACGACUGAACGAGAUCAUACAGAACCUUGGGAUCCUUGUUCCAUCUGUCCCAACCAUUGCAAAUGAGAGUGGUGAUGACAUCCCUCUUCUUGAGCGUGGACAAUAAACUCUUCAUGGUGAUGGCGCGCUGGAUAAACCCCGUCUCGUAGACGUCGGGCUGGACUUCUUUGUCGGGCUCAGCGAUGGUGUCGAAGACAUUAAUUGAUGAAGCCGAGGCAGUCGAGUUCGACUUCGAAGCGGUGUUCCCAAUCAUUAAUGUUGUGCUCGCCCUCGAGAUUGACGAGGCAGGAUAUAGAGAAAGACAUGUCGGCGGUAGUGAUGAGGACACAACGGUACCUUUGAUUGCGGUUGGGACGGGACGAGGGACAAACGUUGAGAUAUAUUUACCUUCUCCAACGUCCCGCCUUCUAAUCUUGAAGUCAGGCGAACGAACCAACGUCGAAAACCUUUGUUUCCUCCCGGCCAGUCGCGUGAAUUACCAUCUCGUGAACCAUGACCGUCUUUGCGGUGAGUAUUAGACGCUCGCAAGCAGCUUGUGAUCAACUGCUUAACCGCUGGCUGUGAGAAUAUGUGACUAUAAUUUGUAUAAAGAUGCGCAAGGCUUCAGCGUUCGAGGUCCGGAUAUCUACAAUCCUACAGGUCA